CUUGGGAUCAGUAUUAUUGGAAUGGGUGCUGGAGCUGAUAUGGGUCUAGAAAAACUUGGCAUAUUUGUCAAGAUUGUGACAGAAGGAGGAGCAGCUCAUCAAGAUGGCAGGAUCCAGGUGAAUGACCUUAUUGUUGAGGUGGACGGCACCAGUUUGGUUGGCGUGACUCAGAGUUUUGCAGCCUCAGUGCUGAGGAAUACCAAGGGUAGAGUCCGAUUCCUUAUUGGCAGGGAGAAGCCAGGAGAGCAGAGUGAAGUGGCACAACUGAUCCAGCAAACACUGGAUCAAGAACAAUGGCAGCGAGAAAUGAUGGAACAGAGGUAUACCCAAUAUACAGAGGAGGAUGAAGAA